UUUCUUAUGAUUUUUGGAUUGAUUUUUGUUUAACUCAUGAGCACAACCAUUCACCACAAAAAAAAAUCAAAUAAGUAACGAUAAUCGAUAUAGUAGGGCGCUAUAAUGAUAUAGGGCCCCGCCAACCCGCCUCAAACAACAAUGGAAUUAAAGUCUACACUUGCGGAGAGAACGAUUAAAGACCAUCCAACGCGUAUCUAAAAUGUAAUGGAAUGAUAUCCUUCGUUGUUUAUUUUAUGUUGCAUUUGUUGUACAUUUUAAUAUCAAUCUAUAUAUAACACACACACACACACACACACACCAGAGGGAGACACACACAGAUACAGAAAAACAACAGUAAAAAAACGAACUGUUUUCGGUCAGGUCACUCCGAUGCUCCGCCAAGGACACCUCCCUACCCACACCAUAACACACUCCUUGCCACAGAAGAGAACAUAUUGAGUACAGUGAACACUUGUAUAUUUUACACACUACAUACAUACAUACAUAUGUACAUACAUAUAUUGAAUUGUUGUAAAUUCUUUUAUGAUUUCUGAAAUACGAUUGAGUUGGACAACAAUUAUUUGUGGAAAGCCCAUUAGUUUUUAAAUCAUUCACCCGAAAGUUAAGUUAAAGAAGAGGCAAAUCACAGGAAAUGUAUGUAAUGUUUAAAGAUAUACAUAGAUCCAUAUUCUGCAUAUACUAUAUACAUAUAUUCGACUAUAACAUUUUUUUAAUUGGUUUAUUUUGGACAAAAUGCGCGAGUGUCGUUCCCACUCACUUGCUCAGUUUAUUUUUUUGUUUUUUGUUUUAAUCUAUCGUAUCGUGCGUUAUCUAUAGAAAGAACUAUAUAAACAUACAUACAUAUGUACCAAUGUAAGUGCGUGCGUGUAAGAGUUGUGUAAGGUCAUCCAUUGUAUACUGUACAUAAAUGUAAACCCGUAUACAUAUUUGUAGACUGUUGUAACCGUAUCGUCCAAUCGUCUUGUAUGAAUGUCAGAGUGUGACCGGCUUGUGUCGUGUAUGCUGUAUCCUGUAUCCUGUGUGUCGUCUCCUCAUCCGCAUCGAUGCGCCCGGACAUGAAAGAGGCGUUCAUUUAUGUUCCAAUUUCAUUUCCGAUCCUGUGUCUAUGUGGGUGGAGAGUGUGCCUGUGAGUGAGUGUGAGUGUGUGUCUGUUUGUUCAUGCGCUUUUUCCCCACACUUACUGCAAACGCUAUUCGGCCUGGAGCAGUCACAGCGGGAGAUCGGGAGACACUCGAAACAUACGCUUUUACACUGUAACAAAUCAAAAUCAAAAAAUUAUAUCACAAAAUUGGAUGCACCCUUUUCUUUGCCUUGUUUUGAUCUCACAUAGCUAUUUUGAAUACAUUUUGUUCCACUGUUGUUCAUGAGAUGAAUAUUUUAAUAUUGAAUUUUUAUUGGUUUCGCACCCCCCACACACACCCCCGAAAACACUCGCACACCCAACCACAUGAGUUGAAGUUUUUUUUUUUUUAAUUUUUCAUGUAUAAUUUUUGUGUUUAUUAUUUUUGAAAAAUAUUUACAAAAAAAAAAAGAGUUCUAUUGUUUUCGCUUUUGGUUGAGGAAGGAAUCUGGAGUAGAGUUUACGAUUAGAGAUCGUCGAGUGUUGAAGAAAGUACUCGAGCGUGCAAGCAGCUCAUGAGGAUAGCCCCUAAACGUAUGCUAUAGUUUAACUUUUAAUUUUAUUUGGUUCCCCGAAAACCCGAACCCAAAAUCGAUCCCAAACAACCCACCGAUAUGCCAUAUACUCGUAUAUCCCCGAAUGCAAGGAGCAAGCCCCUUUAGCUAAGACUAAUCUCAACAAAAACCAAAUCUAAAUGCAUUGUGUUAUACUAUUGUCUGUACCACCUUGAAAUCGGUUAACCAUCAAACGAAUCGGCAAAUGCGAAUAUAUCCCAAAAAUUACCUGCAUACAAACCUGCAUCUCGAAUUGAAUCGAAUUGAAUUGAAUUGAAACUGAAAAACCUGAUGGAUACAGGCCCCGGUCCGCCCGACGACAGCAUGCCGUGUCGACACCACCAGCGAAUCAAGAAUCUCAGCCUGCGACACCAGCGAAAACACCAGCACACGCACCACCAAAACAAAUCCCAACACUACCAUCUCCAACACCACCACCAGCUGCCCCAGGAUAUCAAGGGUAAAUCAACCUCAACCACAACCACAACCAAUCAACUCUGUCCAAGUCGCGACCCAAGCCAAGCUCCUUCCACUCCUACUCUUCCCGCUGCUGCUGCCAUUGUUCCUUGCGCCUGUAACACUACCACACCAGUCCCUGGAUCCGGAUCUGGCGGCAGCUUGAAUAACCUCUCCACAACCCACGACGAGUCGGAGCGGGACUUUGACUUUGUGAUACCGCCCCAGCCGGGCGGAUGCCUGUGCGAGGAGUGCGGCGUGUUCGCCCCGCCCAGCACCAGUGUCACGGCCAGCACGCUGGUGGCCGACGAGUGCUACUCCCACACAGCCUCCUCCAUGCUGAGUGCCACACGCAGUGCCCUCUCCACAAUGGCGGCCAUCGCCACGGGCAGCAGCCUGGCUGGUGGCAGCUCUGUCGGAGGAGCCAGCACAAGUGCGGCCGCUGCCGCUGCGCAUGCGCAUGGGCAUGGGCACCCUCCCGCUGCAGCUGCUGCCUCCGCACCCGCCAAGAACAGCUCAGCCUCGACCCUCUGCUCCUCGGCCUACUUCUCCACGUCGGCGCCCACCACGAGCAGCUCGGUGCACAGCAUGUCGCGCUCUAACAGCAAGAAGCUGAAUAACAACACUUGCAGCAUAAACCAUAACAAGCCCAGCUUCCGCAGCGGCAGCCACGUGAGUCAAUUGAACCUGCCCCAGCAUCAGCAUCAGAAUCAACAUCAGAAUCAACAGAGUCAGCAGAGGCAAAAUCUUUCAUCCUCAUCGCCGCUGCAGUCGCCGACCCAGAAAUCGUGCGACUCGUCCGAUGUCGAUGCGGAAGGGGACGGUGACACAACGGAUGGUGACCCCAAGAGUCCGAACAGCGCCAGAUCCUCCGAUCUAUCUGAAACUUUCGACUGGUGGUUCAAUAAGCCCAAGCGUAACUCUAAAAAGAGCAGUGCACACCAAUGCGAACACCACCAACAACAACAACAACAACAGCAACACCAACACCCACAACAACUACAGCAAUCCAAAGCAAUGACAUUUUGGCAUCAAGCAUCGACCACACCGCGCUCUAGUUAUCGCUCUUUCUUCAAUUCUCUUGCCGAUCAAAUUUAUAGCAAACGUUCUUCAUCGAGUCAAUUAAAUAUAAACAAUGGAUUUAAUUUAACACCAACACAUAGAUCGUCUCCAGUGAGUAGUUGUUGUGGCAGUAGUAGCCAGGGGCGAUCCAGUCCGGACACGGAUAAUCCAGAGCCGCCAGUGUUUCCGCUGAGUCCAGUGUAUGCUCUCCCCAAACAGUGUUGUUGUCGCUGAUCCACAUCAUAGCCACGAUUAAUGCCCCGACUCCCAUUAAGCUAAUGCCAUCAAAAUCACCCAGACUCUUGAAGUCGCUUUUGCCCAAAGCCAAAUGUUGAGAAAUCUUAUUUUAAAAUGUUGUCACGCUUUCGUUCUGCAUUAUUAUUUGCUCGUUUGAGUGUCUACUUCUGAUAUCUUUAAUUUGUUAUUACUUAUCACAAACCAAUUCUAACAUUCAGCUAACUUUUUAAUGCAGUGUUGAGAGUGUAAUCCGAAAGGUACUUCUUCCAAAUGUGACUAAUAUGCGUAUUCCCCCCAGUCCACGUAGAAUCUGUAAAUCUUUAAAUCUGUAUUGCAUCCAAAUUGUUUUUAAUUUAAUUUCGUUGUGUGCCUCUGUUUAUAAAAACCCUAAUGUGUGUGUGUAUGUAGUAUGUCUGUUUGUGCGUUUUAUCUGAAUAAUUCUAACAAGAAAUUUUUGAUUUAUUUUAAUUUAACUUACGUUUAAAACUUUAAUUUAAAAUAGCUUUCGAGCGUAUAUUUAUAAACUUUUAGUAUGAUUACGAUAUCUAUACAUUUUUUCCCUUCCGUUUUGUACUUGAACAUUGAUUGAUGACCUACAUAUAUGGUUCUGAUAUUCCUCUAUGGGAAUCGAGUAUCCAUCCAACAAAAUACUGAUCCCGAACCCACCUAACUCUCUGCCAUCUUUCCCCUA